AUGUCGAAUUUUACCAUGAUAAAUCAAUCCAAACCGUCGUCUAGUAUUCGCCCCACCAACGGUCGUCAGACCGUUGGAGAUGGGGCUUUCUCUACCGACAUGAUCCCUAGCGUGCUUGCUGUCUGCCGCAUUCAAGGCGGCGACUCGAUGUACUACUAUUCCACCGCGUUCUCUGGCGGGCCUGGGAGGGUCGUUAGACUGGCUCCUACUGCGUCGUUCCCGUUCCCCACGCCCCCGCGGGACAUCCUUGCCAAGCAGAAUGUCCCUUGGCCGGAUGCGUGCACGCCACCACUCACUCCUGAUGACACGGAUGAGGACGACGACAGUGUCGGCGCGAUCAGCAGCAAACAGCGCAACGGCGCUCUCGAACUCCUUAGUACGCUCUUCCCGCGGAACGCCCUCGGUGCCAUUCCCCACGCGAAGAGCGUAGAGAUAUCCGCGCCGAACCUCGGCGCAGCCUUCGAAGGUGUCGUUCUCGACCUUCCAGGUAAGACGAAGACGCUCUACGUUGACGGCAAGAACGCUGCCCACGUCAACCUUCGUGAGAGUAUUGUCGCUCUGCUUGACCUCGCAGACGAGCGACUGGAAUGCUCUGCUCUAGUCCUCGCCCUGGAAAAGUCCUGCCCGCACCUCGGCGAGCUCCUUCACUCGCUCAUGUAUGUCGGUGGCACCGUCGUCACCACUCCUCCCUUCCCCGUGGAUCCGGCUUAUAUACUCGUUGGAUUGGAGAUCUAG